AUGGGCUUUGAGAAUCACCAGAAGGAGGUCCGGGACCACUUCCCCGCCCUCCAGCAGAACCAGGUCUAUCUCGACAACGCCGGGGGCAGCCAGACGCUCGGCACCGUCAUCGACUCCAUCACAGACUACCUCACCGGAACCAAUGUCCAGCUCGGCGCCUCUUACACCGUGAGCAAGAAGUCCACUGCCCUCUAUGGCGCCGCGUACAAGGCCGCUGCCAAGUACAUCAACGCCAACCCAGAUGAGAUUGUCUUCGGCUCGUCAACCACUCAGCUGUUUCGCAACCUGUCUUAUGCCCUAAAGUUCAACCCGGGAGACGAGAUUGUCGUCUCCUGGAUAGAUCACGAGUCCAACAUUGCCUCGUGGCUGGAUCUGGCUAGCCGGCAGAAUCUCGUUCUCAAGUGGUGGAAGCCAAAGCCUAGCCUGAAUCCCGAGCUGCUUGUUAGUGACUUGACUGCGCUCCUGUCACCCAGGACGAGGCUGGUGACUUGUACCCAUGCGAGCAAUCUCCUGGGAACAAUCACUGAUGUGAAGGCCGUGGCGGCUGCUGCUCAUCGAGUUGGCGCUUUGCUCUGCGUUGAUGCUGUGGCGUAUGCGCCUCACCGGCCCGUCGAUGUAAAGGAUCUGGGGGUUGAUUUCUAUUGCUUUUCUUGGUACAAGGUUUACGGGCCGCAUAUAUCCAUGCUCUACGGCAGCUGGAGUGCGCAGACCCAUGUUAGGCCCCUGGGACACUUCUUCAACCCUUCCGUCUCCCUGGAAGACAAGAUUGGCCUUGCAGGCGGAUCAUAUGAGUUGCUUCAGGCUGUUCCGCACGUGGUCGAUUAUCUGGACGGAAAGUGGGACAGCAUCAUCGCUCAUGAAGCCUUGCUGCAGACUACUCUCCUCGACUAUCUUAAGCUGCAGCCCAAUGUGAUCAUUUACGGCACCCCGGAUAGCAGUGCCCGUGCCCGAGUCGCAACGAUUAGCUUCUCCGUCAAGGGACUGACCUCCCAAGAGAUUGUGGAACGAGUUGAGAGCAAAACUCCAUAUGGUUUCCGCUACGGAACUUACUACUCAGAACGACUGGCUCGAGAAACGUUGGGGUUGUCCAAAGAUGGCGCCGUGAGAGUUAGCAUGGUGCACUAUAAUACAUUGGAUGAGAUCCAGGGGCUUAUCAAGGCAUUGGAUGAAGUUAUCAAAAGCUCUGCUAGUGCUAAAGCGUCCAAACUUUGA